GCCACAUGGGACGUUCCGGCAUGAUGUGGAUGUUUCCUGGUUCUUCCAUCACUCGCAGCCCUUCCAUUUCCCUCGCUAUUCAUCCCUGCAAAUCCAAUCUCUCUUCGUCAAUGCCAUUGAUUCCGGGGAAGAAACUGAAACAGCAACAGCAACAUGUCCGGGUAGACAUUGUUAAGAAGCUAAAAAAUGGUUGCAUGAAAUUGGUGGAUGGGUUUGUUGAUUGGGUGUUUGAAUUUUCGGAUCAAACCCUUCACCCAAAUCAGACUAACCUUGCGCCGGUUGAAGAGAUCGGAGCGCCUGUUGCUGUCACCGAUAUCCAAGGCACACUCCCCCAACAAUUUCCCCAAGGAAUCUUCCUAAGAAAUGGACCGAAUCCAUUGUUUGGGGGACUAAAAUCGACCCGAUCGAUGUUCGGAAGGUCGAGUUUCAUAUGGGUGGAAGGGGAAGGAAUGCUUCACGCCAUGUACUUCAAGAAGAACAUGGAUGGCAAAUGGCAUCUGUCGUACAACAAUAGAUAUGUCCAAACCGAAUCAUUCCGGUUUGAAAAACAUGUAAAAAACAGGCCAUCGUUCCUUCCUGCAGUGGAAGGCGACGCUGUGGCCAUUGUGGCUGCCUUCCUUCUCAACUGGCUUAGGUUUGGUGAAGUGAACAAAGACAUGAGCAACACCAACGUGAUUGAGCACUCUGGCAAGUUUUACUCCGUUGCUGAAAACUCUAUGCCCCAACAGAUUGAUAUUAUGAGCUUGCAAAGCUUGGGAGUUUGGGAUGUUUGUCGUGCUUGGAAUCGACCCUUUACUAGUCACCCUAAGAAAGCUCCGGACACCGGCGAACUGGUCAUCAUGGGCAUCGCUCCAACCAAACCCUACAUGGAAAUUGGAAUUAUUUCCGAAGACGGCAAGCGAAUGGUUCAUAAAGUGGACGUCAAGCUGAGUAGAAGUAGCCUCACCCACGAGAUCGGCGUUACACGGAGGUUCAAUGUGAUAUUGGAUUACCCCGUUACCAUCGACUUGAACCGAUUAAUCAGAGGCGGAUCAUUGAUAAAAUUCGAGAAAGAAGGGUACGCCAAAAUCGGAGUGAUGCCUCGUUAUGGAGACGCCGAUUCGAUUCAAUGGUUUGAAGUGAAACCUAAUUGCACUAUGCAUCUAUUCAACUGCUUUGAACACCAAAAUGAGGUUGUGGUGUGGGGAUGUAGAGCUACUGAUUCAAUUAUACCUGGACCUGAAAAGGGGCUCAACAAAUUUGAGUGGUUCUCUCAAAGAUUCAAACCAGUUCAUGUAACUGAUGAACAGAACACUGAAGAUGGGUCGUUGUUGUCUUGUGCUUACGAAUGGAGGCUCAACCUCAAAACAGGGGAGGCUCGAGAGAGAUUUCUAACUGGAAAUCAAUUUUCCAUGGAUUUUCCCUUCAUAAACUCAGCCUUCACUGGUUUGAAAAACAAAUAUGGAUACGCUCAGGUUCUUGACUCUGUCGCUAGCUCUAACUCAGGGAUAUUUAAAUUUGGAGGCCUGGCGAAGCUACAUUUUGAAGAGCCUCAAAGCGGUGAAGUUUCAUUGCUAAAAGAUUCAGAAGAAGAGCCAAUAAAAGUGGAGUACCAUAUGCUUGAGAACAACUCCUUUUGCACCGGAGCUUCCUUUGUGCCCAGAGAAGAUAGUCUCCAAGAAGAUGAUGGUUGGAUUAUCGCCCAUGUUCAUAAUGAGAUCACCAAAACGUCUCAGGUAUAUAUAGUUGAUGCAAAAAGGUUCAGCGACGAGCCAGUAGCCAAAAUCACACUGCCACACAGAGUUCCCUAUGGAUUCCAUGGUGCUUUCAUGCCAAUCUCAUUCAACAAAUAAUGUAUUGGGCAAUAAGUUUCUAUUCAGAUAAACGGUAACCAUCUUGGUUAUGGUCCCUAUUUCUAUUGUUUAGGUGGAACUAGUAAUUUAUGUGAUUACCUCAGUUCGAGCAUAACUAGAUAGAUUAGGAUCGUGUUAGUUUAGUCCCUAUUUUAGUUGUUUAGGUGCCUGUAGCAACUUAUGUGAUCGUGUCAGUUCGAGCAUAAUUAGAUAUCAUAAUCAAACAUAAUAGCAAAG